AGAAGCGAAGCAUAAACCCUUUUUUCUCUCUCCACCUCUUCGUGCUCUGCAAAAACCCUAGAAAUACUACCCCUUCCGCUUCUGCAUUGCAGAGAUAUAGAGAUUCUGUGUGUUCGUGAAGCGAGUAAAACCGGAGAACUUCACCGGCUAACACUACAUACAUCCAGUUUGUAGGUUCGAGUUUGAUCAGCAAAUGGAGGGUGCAGCAGCGGCUGUCGGUCAACAAUCUGUCUCUGCUCAAGUUGUUGGAAAUGCUUUUGUGCAGCAGUAUUAUCAUAUACUGCACCAUUCUCCUGGGCUGGUUUUUAGGUUUUAUCAAGAUAUAAGCAAACUUGGACGACCUGAAGAUGAUGGCUCAAUGAGCAUCACGACUACCAUGCAAGCAAUCAAUGAUAAGAUACUCUCACUAAACUAUGGGGACUUCAGAGCGGAGAUUAAGUCCGUUGAUUCACAAGAAUCCUUUAAUGGGGGAGUGCAUGUCCUUGUGACUGGAUAUUUGACGGGGAACGACAACUUGAUGCAGAAUUUCUCCCAAACUUUCUUCCUAGCACCACAAGACCGAGGAUACUUUGUUCUGAAUGACAUGUUUCGAUAUGUAGAGAGUGUCAAUCAACAUGAACCCACUCAGGUCCCGGAAACUGAUGUGGUGGCUCCUGUGACUCCUGAAGAUGUGGUGGCUCCUGUGACUCCCGAACAAACUUCCCCUCCAGUGCAGCAGAAUCACAUUUCCGAGCAGAGCACACCAUCAGUGGAGGAAGCUAAUGAGGGAGAAGUUUACAACCCACCUGAGAAUGGUGAUGUGCCUGUUGAAGAGGAAGUUCCUGUCGCCGAGAUCGUUGAUGAAAUGCAAGACAACUCUCAAAUGGUAGUUGAGUCUAACAUCAAAAGUGAAGAUGCUCCUAAGAAGUCAUAUGCUUCAAUUGUCAUGCAUCUCAAGGAAAGUGCUGCUAGUUUCUCCCAUCCUCCAGCACUGGCUUCUCUGAAGCCCAUGGCAAGGAGUGUUGAGCAAGUGAAUCAACCUCCUAUAACAUCAACUGAUCGCCCAUCUUCCAGCUCAAAUUCUGUUGAUAAUGCAAAUAACCAAGAGGGAGAAGCCACUGAUGGCUAUUCAAUAUACAUUAGAGGCCUGCCUCCGACUGCGUCUGUGUCCCUACUGGCUGAUGAGUUCAAGAGGUUUGGGCCUAUCAAGAAUGGAGGCAUUCAAGUAAAAAAUAACCGAGUAUUGCUACAAGGGUUUUCUUAUGGUUUUGUGGAAUUUGAGGAGGCAAGUGCUCUGCAGAAAGCUAUUGAGGCAUCUCCAAUUUUAAUUGGUGGACGUCAAGCUGUUGUUGAGGAGAAGAAGUCUACCAAUUCUCGAGGUAACUUUAGAGGUAGAUUUCCAUCUGGAGGGGGUUCUGGUUACAGGAACUAUGGAGUAAGAGGUCGAGGAAACUAUGGAGGUGGCAGGGGUUAUGCGCGAGAUGAUUUUGGUGAAAGAACUGAGUUCAACAACAGAGGUGGACACCGCAGAUGGUCAUCUAAUCGUGGGGGUGAUGGAUACCAAUCAUACCAUCGAACUGAUAACCCAGGUGGUUAUGUUGUGCGAACGAAUCGUGGUGGAGGGAUGCUUAAUGGAACUGCCAAACACAUGACACCACAGGGUGUUGCUGCACCUGCAAUGUAGUAGCUUCGGUCUAUAUGAGAGCUGAUUUUAGUAGAUUCGUCGUUGCAUUGGCAUUCCUAACAGUUGACGUCCCAGGUAGAAGAAAGUUUUGUCAAGAGCUAUUAGAUUUUUGUAAGAGCUCACUUCGCUAACUAUCAAUUCCCUAACAUUCCCUUUAAUUGGUAUAGGUGGGGUAGGAAUUGACUUUUAAGUAGCUUUUGGCUAUGCAGUAAAUAGAGUAUCUAAGUCCCCAUGAAGAGAGUAUCCAGUCCUUUUUGCUCAUUGUAUGAGUUGAUCAUUUUUACUUUAAAGGUUGUUUUUGUGGCAAUUGUGGAAAUGAGUUUAUAUUUAGCCAUUCUCUCGUGGAUUCUAUUAUCAGCUGUCGGCAGAGGAUACUGUUUUUAGUUUUUUCCAUCUGUACAUGUUCCUUUUUACAUACUUGAAUUGUGAUUGAUUUUGUGAAUGUAAACAUUGGUCCCUUCAGAAA